GCCUUGGUUUGGAAGAGCUUGGAAACAACGUAAACAAGCAGGUAGAUUAGAAAGGCCUAACUUUGCUGGGAAAUCUCCCCCAAUUUCAUGGUGUAAAGAAUAACAGAUUGAGACCGAAUAGAUUCCAAGAUUUUACCAUUCGGAGCUGAGGAGCAGAAGAAGGGAGGCGAGAUGUCGGAGCUAACAUCUCUUGAUUCUGUGUACCUCAGCACAGUAUUAGCUGAUACAGUGGAUCAGCUGGCAGUGCUGGGGAAGAUUAUGCCGUCAACUUUUGAAGGAAGGCAGGAUGCAAAUGAGAUGGUCGGAGAUGAAAUCAGUCAGAUCCUUGACAGUCAAAAGAACCUGGAAUCCAAGUACGAGAAUCUGAUCCAGCAGAGGGCCGACCUUCGGGCGGGGCCAAAGCGGGAUGCGGGCCGUCUCCACGACAACAACCAGGAGAUCGGAUCUGUGGUGGGCGGUCUCCGGACUGCCAACCAGACGUUUGCCAAGAGCUUGAAGCAGAGUCCGUUGACAUCAGAUAAUCUUUACAAGAUGCAGGAUGAUAGACAAUUCCUUCAAGAUGUUCUGAGUGCAACAUUGGAUGAGAUGAAUCGACAAAAGAUGUUUUCAGCCCUUGUCCAGGCUGUUACCAUGGAGAAAGAUAAGAAGGCGGAGCUUCAAAACACUAUUCUCAAAGAAGAGGAGGGUCGCAAGAAAAUCAAAUCCCUCCAGAAGCAGAUCGCCACGGUGAGGGUCGAGAGAGAGGAGGAGACGCAACAACGGAACCAAAUGAUUGCUCAUUUGAAAGAUCAACUGCAGGAGAUGAAGGCUAAGACUAGUAUGGAAGGCAAAUAUGUACAGAAAGAUGCAGAGGUCGCAGUGGGUCAGAUGCAGAAAAGAUGCUACCUCACAGAGAAAGAGAUGAAGGAUGAAAUCGAGCUUCUAAAACAGAAAGUAGAUGAGGAACAGAGAGUUAACACAGAAAUAGAAACAUAUCUCAAGAGACAUCAAACUGAAAUGGAGGAGAAAGUUGAAUAUUGGAUGGAGAAGUAUGAUAAAGAUGUUGAAGCCAAGACGCAUGAACUAGAAGUCCUCAAGGCUUCAAAGGCUAAUGAUCUGGCAAGGCUUCAAGAACUCACUAAAUUGUACGUAGAAUAUGAGCAGGUGUGUGUUGAAGAUAGGAUAGAGAAAGAGAAAGCGAGACGAAAGGCAGAGCAGGAAGAAGAGGAGCUCAAGUCAUGUGUCUUGCUUCAGUCUUGGUGGAGGGGAGUGAUGGUCCGGAAGCAGCUGGGUCCAUACAGCAAGAAAAAGAAGAAGAAGGGGAAGAAAGGAAAGAAGGGGUCUGGAAAGAAGAAGGGGAAGAAAAAGAAGUAGAUCACUCAUUCGAUCCAAGCCAGAGCCUUAUCAAUUCUUUAUUUGUUUUGUUUUGUUUUCUUAUCACACCGCCUUUCUGUAAAUUUUGAUGUCAAUCUGACGAUGAACAUUUGCAGAUGUAUAGGGUGGAAGGUAUAACAGUGAUGACAUUAAACAUUCCAAAGGGUCAAUAUUCGCAUGCAAAAUAAAAAUUCUCCAAUUCCUAGUAAUGACUAUUGUUGGAUUCCCUUUAGUGACACCAAAUAAUACUUUGGUUUACUGAAACAUAAAUUGUAGUAAUGCAGGUUCGGGAGAAUGUGGAAAACAUGUCUUUGACCAGAAAAGCCGUUUUA